UAGCACAUUGCGAAUAUUGAGAGUUAAAAACAAUUACAAAAACAUUUAAGUAUGGCAAAAGAAACGGUUGUUAAUAAUGAAUUAAAAAAUAAGAAACGUAAAUAUGAAACAGAAAAAUUGAAGACAAAAAAAAGAAAACAUGAAUCCCCUACGAAUGAAGACAUCGUCAAUAAUACAAAUGUUAAGAAACAUAAACACAAAGAUUUGAACACAGAGCUUUCUACAGAUAUAAAAAAAUUCUCUAAAAAGGAACACAAAAGCAAAAAGAAAUCCAAGGAUAUUGUAGAAGAAUCAUCUGCGGUGUCGGAAAAUGAAUAUAAUAAAACUGAUGAUGAAACUUAUCAACCGACUGUAGAUGAAUUACGUGAAAGCAAGAAGCCGGAGAACGUUAAAGCUAUACUCACUGUUAGGCAGAAAAAGAAGCAGAAGCAUCUGGAACGUGUCAAGGUACACAAGGAGCAGUCGGGUGACAAGGAAGUCCGCAAAAAUGAAGAAUAUUUACAAAAAUGGAAAACUUCAAAAGCGGAAUGGAAAUUCGAGAAAUUGAGGCAGAUAUCUAUACAGCAAACUGUAUUUGAUGAAAAUAAAAUUACAACACAUAUUUGGCCAAUUGCGUUAGAAUACUUAUCUGGUUCAAAGGGAGCUGCAAGGGAAACAAUAACAAAACUUGCGGAAGAAGUUAUUGACAAAUUAGAUCAGGAAUGUGCAACUGAAAUAUCUCAGGAAGAAAAGCAGCUUAUAUUAAAUUCAGUAAAAUAUCAGCGCGCACGAGAUUUACUACAACAUUAAUUUUUAAAUGUUUCUUUUAUUGUUACAUACUAUAGUUUAUAAAAUAAUU